AUGUGUUACAACUAUUAUGGAAACUCUUACAGGGGCUGUGGAUAUGGCUCUGGCUGUGGCUGUGGAUAUGGCUCUGGCUAUGGCUGUGGAUAUGUCUCUGGUUGUGGCUAUGGAUAUGGCUCUGGCUGUGGAUAUGGUUCCAGAUAUGGCUGUGGCUAUGGCUGUGGAUAUGGUUGUGGAUAUGGCUCUGGCUGUGGCUGUGGCUAUGGCUGUGGAUAUGGUUGUGGAUAUGGCUCUGGCUGUGGCUGUGGCCAUGGUUCCAGAUAUGGCUGUGGCUAUGGAAGUGGCUGCUGUACCUGCCGACCAUUUUGCUACAGAAAAUGCUGUUCUUCUUGCUGCUAG